AUGCUGUCUCAAGUUUGUGGUAUUUAUCAAUACUGUCUCAAGUCUUUUAAUACCUAUGAAUGUGAUCCAAUGCAUGGUGAUUACUUACCUACUAAUAAGAAAGUCAAUGAAAUAAUUGAAACUUGUAUUCCAGAAAAUACUCAUAAGGCUAUACAAAAUGUACAAAAAAUUCAAGAUGGAAGUGAUUAUAGUUACUCUUUAUUAGUUAAUGCUUAUAAUUAUUUAAGUAAUUAUAUUUAUAAGCAUCUUGAUGGUAGUAAAAAAUUUGUAAUUAACAAUAAAAAUGAAUUUCCUUUAUUGUGA